CAUCUCAAGCAUUGAGCGCCUCAGACAGCAGCCCCCGUCGCAUCAUGCGCAGCACGCUCGCCUAGCCUCUCCCGAACCCCGUUGCAACCGCACGCCUGCGCCUGCGCCAGCUCUACAGCCUCGCUCAGUCUCCACACCCAAAGACUCCCUCCCCUGUCGCUCAUUUCUCCGCGUCAAGUGGUGUGCAGCCGGCCUGUCACCACACACACCCCAACGGCUUCCUCCGACCACCAUUCCUUCCUCCCUUGAGCUCAUCUGGCCUUCGAUGCUGGCAUAGCUCUCGCCACUCCUUACACUACAGCUGGACUGUCCCGUUGAGCGGAUAUAACACAUAAUAAUAUCAGCAGCAAGCAAUCAUGGGCUGCUGCGGCGACCGCGAGAAGGGCAUCACCGUCACCGAGGAGCAGAAGUGGGACUACAUCACCCUCUCUGACUUCAAGUCGUCGUCCUGCCUUACGCCCUUUUCCUACGUUUGGUUGUGGAUCCUCGUCAUCAUAUCAGGUGCCGUCUACGCCGCCGAUGCCUUCACCGCCGUCAAUCUCCUCGCUUUCGACAAAUGGUCAAGCCAAGUCAAGCCCAAGAUCGACUUCAACAUCACAAAGUGGAUUUUCGCCGUCUGCAUCAUUGUCUCCUACGUCUUCUUGGCCUACCGAUGGAUUCGCGCAAUCCGCGUCAUACGCUCUGGCGGCGUCGCCGAGUGCUACCUAGAACCCCUAGCCGCUAUCUUCCAGAGUAUGCGACUGACUAAAGAAGGCCAAGGAUGGCGCCGCUUCUUGGUCUUUGCCGAAUUGACCAAGAGCAGAAAGGGCGUCGAUUACAUUGCGCUCUUCGUCUACUUCCAGUUCAAAGGUGCUCUAAUUGUCAUCCUGGCACAGGGCCCGCGCAUCGUCGUCAAUGCCAUGACGCUGUGGGCUGUCGUGCAAGCCCAACUCAUCCCCGAAGGAGACCACGCAGCGCCCAAGGGCAAAUCACCGGUCGCCCAGUUCUUCCUCAACAUUGAGACCAUGAUCCAACAAGGAAACAAGCAAGAGACGGUCAUCUACUUCACCAUGUUGUUCUCCUUGGUCAUCUGGGUUAUUGCCUUUCUGUCGCUCUUCUUCUCCGUUCUCUUCUACGUAUUCUUCCUCUGGCACUAUGUGCCCAAGGCCGACGGAAGCCUGACCCAGUACUGCCGCAGAAAGAUCGAAAGCCGUCUCGAGCGCAUUGUCAGCAAGAAGAUCAAGAAGGCCCUAGAGAAGCAGGACCUGAAGCGCAAGAAGGAGGAGCGGGAUGCUUUGAAGAAGGGAGGCGCAGAGGCGCGCAUGCCCACACUUCCCAAGCUUGGUGGAGUCGACGACGACACCUCGUCUAUCUACUCAGGCGUCACGGGCAUCACACGCUCAGACACUAUGACCACAUCAACCACGCUUCCACCGUACUCCUCCAACGCACCAUCCCGAACAAAUACGAUGAACACGAUGAGCACUGCGAGGACCGCCGUUAUGAAGCCAUCAUUGCCAUCAUUAUACGAGAGGCCUGUGCCCACUCGUACCGACACUCAAGGCACUACAACAAGCUUUGGUUCCAAUGCUCCACUUUUGAGUCAAGUCGGUGACAUGGGAAUGGCCUCCCCAGUGCCUCCUCUGCCUUCGCUUGACCCACAUGCCGAGUACUUCUCUGGACCACCUGGCCCUCGACCACCACCUAGCGGCAUGAGUGGAAGGCCAUUCUCGCCAAUGUCGCAAGGUCGCGCGUCACCAUACUCGCAGCGAAACAUGCUUCCGCCCGUGGAUACCAGUGUUGGAGGACGAGGCUCUCCCGCACCUCAAACCAUGUCGUCUACUGGUUAUGGCAAUCGCGGCGUGUCACCACCUCAAGGCAAUGUACCCUAUCCUAGCCAGAGAACAGGUGCUUCGCCACUCGGUGGGCCAACCUUUUCUCCGUACAAUAACCCUGGUCCAGCCACGGGUCCAGCUUAUGAGAUGUCGCCAGUAGAUCUCAACGCGUCUGACAACACACUGGACUAUUAUACUCAGGGGGGCAGUUCAAACGACUACCGGCCGCCACAGCUACCCAGUACUCUUCGUUCCGGCUCACCGGCACAGAUGCAGAGUGCUGGACCACCUCGGACAGGCACGGUUCCACCUCCGCGAUCGGGCACUGCUCCACCUGCGAACCCUCGCGCUGGACUGCCUGCUACAUUGCAAUCAGCCAUUCAGCGACGCGAAGCGUCUCAGCCUCUCCCUAACCGUGGCAUGCCCAUGCACCAGCAACAGCGCAGUGCUACCGCGCCUCUAGGACAACGAUGGGCACCGCAGUCUGACGCAGAGCCGAUGCCCAGGAGCAACACGACUGGACCAGGGCCCCAGGGCCACCACCCCUACUAGGUCACAUCGUCCUUUUCCGUCCACUACAUCGAUUGAAAGCAUUGCCCAUUAACGAUCGAGAUACCACUGCCAGCUGCUUAUCAUCCAGCUGAUU